AUGCAUGGACCAAAAAGCACCAGUGGAGUUCCUAAUCAAGGUGGUGAUAAUGAUUCAACCUUGAUGGGUUCCUAUGACCUUUGUAUCUUUAUGGGAUCCAAUCGCAACGAUAUUAAGUAUCGCUUAAGCGCAAGGCUUGAAGCUGCCUUCGAAUCAAAUCCAGUUAGGAAUUAUGAUGAAGACCAUGAUGUUGAGAUGAACCAUUUGAUGAAUCAAAAAUCUGCGAAUCUAAAUAAUUUACCAAUUGAUAAUCCAUUGAUAUAG